AAUUUUAUCUUUUACACUAGCAAAGUUUUAGACGCAAAAGCAAUGUGGCAUCAAGUUACUGUAACUGCAAGACAAGCAUUUGGUAUCUUGCGUGCACUUCAAACUCAGACAAUCUAUAGGCAUGCCCAUACACAGACGCGAGAAGCCCAAGUUACAGACAGUUUGGUGCAGGCACUGAGAAGUAUCGCAGGUCCGCGCAAUGUGUCCACAACAGAAGCUAUCCGUGAACAGCAUGGGCACGACGAGUCCUAUCAUGCGUGCUGUCCGCCUGAUGUGGUUGUAUUUGCCGAGAGUACGGAGCAAGUCAGUCAGAUAGCCAAGUUAUGCAAUGACACAGAGACACCUCUUAUACCAUUCGGACUAGGAACCGGUCUGGAAGGUGGGAUUCCAGCACUGCAGGGUGGCGUCAGUCUGGAUCUGACGAAGAUGACGACCAUCACGGCGGUCCACGAAGAGGACUUUGAUGUGGAAGUGGAGGCGGGCGUGUCCAGACAGACUCUCAACAGCUACCUCCGAGACACUGGGCUCUGGUUCCCUGUCGACCCUGGUGCCGAUGCGACUCUGUGUGGGAUGUGUGCGACCAGUGCGUCGGGCACAAACGCCGUGCGGUAUGGGACGAUGCGGGAGAACGUUCUCAACAUGGAGGUGGUACUGGCAGACGGCACCGUCAUCCACACCGCUGGCAAAGGCAGACGCACAAAAAAAACUUCGGCAGGAUACAACCUGACAAAUCUGUUUGUGGGGUCAGAGGGCACCCUGGGCAUCAUCACCAAGGCGACAUUGCGACUCUAUGGGAUUCCUGAAGCGACAAUAUCUGCGGUGGUUCACUUUGAAUCAAUCCAGGGUGCAGUGGAUACAACUGUGAAUGUUUUGCAGUUUGGAAUUCCUAUUGCUCGAAUAGAAUUCCUUGAUGAAGUUUCCAUUGAUGCGUUCAACAAGUACAGCCAUUUUGACAUGAAAGUGGCGCCCUCUCUGUUCCUGGAGUUCCAUGGUGCGGCCAGUGGACUCGAUGCUCAAGUCGAAAUUGUUGAGGAGUUGUGCAAAGGAAAUGGUGGCUCUGACUUUGUGUGGGCCCGUGAUGCCGAUGAGAGGAACAGGCUGUGGAAAGCUCGUCAUGAUAUCAUAUACGCCUGUAUGGCCUUGAAGCCUGGAUCGAAGCCCUACUCUACAGAUGUCUGUGUACCCAUUUCCAAACUGCCAGAAUUGAUUAUCAAAACGAAACAGUUGAUAAAGGAUGCAGGAGUUAUUGGUCCUAUAGUGGGACACGUUGGAGAUGGAAACUUUCACGUCUUCUUCCCUGUUGAGCCGGGAAACUCGCAAGAACUGGAGACGGUGAAAGAGAUUGCGGUGAAAAUGGUUUUACUGGGUCAGUCAAUGGAUGGGACAUGUACAGGGGAACAUGGGAUUGGAAUCGGAAAGCGAGGUCUUCUCGAGAAGGAAUUUGGUCCGGCUGGUAUGGCAGUUCUUAAACAGCUCAAGAAGACCCUAGAUCCAAAAAAUAUCCUCAACCCCGGAAAAGUCUUCUAUUAGUUGUUGAUGCUGGAUUUUUUUUUUUUUUAAAAGCUCAAGAAAACAGUAGAUCCCCCAAAAUAUCCUGAACCCUGGAAAAGUCUUCUGUUUGUUGCUGAUGCUGAUUUUUGAAAAUAGGUCAAGAAAACAAUAGAUCUCCCGAAAUAUCCUGAAUCCCGGAAAAGUGUUCUAUUGAUUCGUAAUACUUUUUGAGAAAAAAAGCUCGGGAAAAUUCUAGAUCCCCCAAAAUAUUUUGAAUCCUCGAACAGUGUUCUAUUAGUUUUUGAUACUGAUUUUUGUUAAAAGGUGAAAAAACCCAAUAGACUUGAUUUAUUUAAAAUCCCAGAUAAAUAUUUGAUCAUUUGUUAUUAUCUUGUUGUAUUACCUGCUAUUAUCUCACCUUGGUGUAGUCAAGAGGUGAGAUAUAGAUUUUACUAUUCAUCUUUAGCACAGUAUUUCAUGAACUGUAAGUCCCAGAUAAGUGAAACGUGCUAUUUAGUGGCACCUAUAUGUAUGUUUACAAGGCUAGCUUUGCCAAUUGCCAAUUUCGCAUAUUGCAAAUUUUAAGAACAAUUGGGGGAAAAAAAUUGACAAAAAAAGCAAAAAAAAAGCAAAAAAAAAACAAAUUGCCCCCCAGAAAUGACUAUUGGUAUUUUUAUGGAAAGUAGCUAUGGGUUUUGCAUUUUAAAGAUUAUUUGGUGACUAUUUUUUUUAUCACCCAGAACUAGCCCUGCCUAUAUGUAUGUUCAUCUCAAUGCAUGUUAAAAAAAAAAAUGGUGCUAAUUGUUAUUUUUAGUUAAAAUGCAUUAGCAUUUAACUUGGUGUUAAAUAUUCGAGUUCAGUUCGCGUUUAUAUAGAGAAAUAACUAGUUAAUGAUGUAGGAUAUUGGUUUUAUCCUGUGACGGUAAGAAUGGGAAAUUUCCCCAUUUGACCUGAAGAGGAUAAAGCCGAUAUCCUACGUAAUUAACUAGUUAUAAAUUUUAUCCUGCAGUACAUAAAAAAUGAAGGGGAAAAGCUAUUAUUUCUGUUAUUUCAGCUACAUUGUACAAUGACCUAGAGGUCAAAUGAGCAAUUUUGUAAUGUAGCUAUGCAUGUGAAGUCAUAUGAGUGACGUCAAAAGUCAUAAUCUGCUAGUAUAGUUUAUGACUUUGCUUUAUCCAUUAUGAUAAUUGGCCAAUAGAAACAGUGGUUACAGGAUAAAAUUGCAUCUGUGAAUGCUAGUAUCAAUGCAUGUUAACAAAAAUCUAAAUACAUUUUUUAAACUUUUUAAAAUAUAACUUUUAACAUGAAUUUUACAUUAUAAAUUAUUCCUUUUAUAAGAUUAAAUUUAAAAUUCUAUAAACUAGAUUUUUUUUUUUUACUUACAUUGAGAUCAACAUCUAUAUUCGACACCAAAAUAGUUGAAUGGCAACAGUAAACAAGACAUUUAAUUCAAUUUAAUUUUAUAUAUAAUUAGUGUGAUGAUUUUAUAAGAUAAUUUGUAAAUAUAAAAUAUUUGGCUACUGCAAUGUUUACUUACUCUAGUUAUUUGUAUAUAUCUAGUUAGUAAUGUAUAUAAUAUUUUUAUAUAUAUAUUGUAUAUUGUUGUUGUUAUAUAUUAUACAGUUAUGUCUCCUUUUUAUAUUUGAUUCUGGAAUGAAUAAAAGAUGAAUGUUUUUUUUAAAUAUAUAAUUAACAAAAAAGACAGUAUUACAAUUGAUUGCUGAAAUAUGUGUGUGUAUAUAUAUAUUAGUGUUCUUCAUUGUUCUGAAACCAACAUGGCAUAAUGGCUGAUCCUGAUGACAUGUAAGAGCCACUGAUGCAUAGCCCAAUAUGGGGGAUGGGGAUAGGUGGAGUCACUGAUGCAUAGCCCAAUAUGGGGGAUGGGGAUAGGUGGAGUCACUGAUGCAUAGCCCAAUAUGGGGGAUGAGGAUAGGUGGAGUCACUGAUGCAUAGCCCAAUGUGGGGGAUGGGUGGAGUCACUGAUACAUAGCCCAAUGUGGGGGUGGGGAUGGGUGGAGUCACUGAUGCAUAGCCCAAAGCGGGAGAUAGGGAUGUGUGGAGUCACUGAUGCAUAACCCAAUAUGGGGAUGAGUGGAGUCACUUAUGCAUAGCCCAAUAUUGGGAUGGGUGAAGUCACUGAUGCAUAGCCCAAUAUGGGGAUGAGUGGAGUCACUUAUGCAUAACCCAAUAUGGGGAUGGGUGGAGACACUGAUGCAUAGCCCAAUAUGGGGAUGGGUGGAGUCACUGAUGCAUAGCCCAAUAUGGGGAUGGGUGGAGUCACUGAUGCAUAGCCCAAUAUGGAGAUGGGUGGAGUCACUGAUGCAUAGCCCAAUAUUGUGAUGGGUGGAGUCACUGAUGCAUAGCCCAAUAUGGGGAUGGGUGGAGUCACUUAUGCAUAGCCCAUUGCUAGGUAUGGGGAUGAGUGGUCUUUAGUGAGCCUCCAGAGGGAUAUUUAUAGUCCCCUACCGUCCCACCAGAGGGGAAUGUAGGUCUGUCCCACAUACGGAUUUUCAAACUAUUUUUUUAAUCAAUUGACUCAAAAUAUUGAGCUGAACUUUUUAUAUGGAUUUAUCAGUACAGGUAAAGUUUCAUGACGAUUUACCCAUGUUAACAGUCAUGGCCCUUGAACUUAAGAAAUAAAUUUGUUUUAAAUUCUAUAGUCCCCCCCCCGCCACACACAGCGUUUCAAUUCAGCUGAAAUUUGGUGUAGAGAUUUAUCAUGUAGUAUUGAUCAGGUUUGAUUGGUAAUUUACCAAUUUUUCAUAAGAGUCAUGGCCCUUGAACUUAGGAGAUAUGAAAAUGUGUUGGACCCGGUACAAAACAUGUAUUGCUUUAACAGUACUCUCAGAAUACAUGUGUAUGUAUAUUCAAUGUCCAGGUGAAACAAACUGAAAAUAAGUUAUAUGAAAAACAUGUAGUCUAGAUUUAAAAAGAAGUCACAGAUUUUGGCAUACAUGUACAUGUAGUGGAUGGGCUUUUAUGGAUGCCACUAAGUCACCACCACAGUGUGGCAGGGGCGGAUCCAGGAUUUUGUAAAUGGGGUGUCACAAAAUUCCAAAAAGGGCAAAGUUAGUUUGUCGAAGGCAGAUGAGCCAAACCACCAAAGGGAGCGAGAUCUGUAGGGGGCUUCAGUCAGGCUUCCCAGAAAAUGUUUAAUGCAUUUUCAGGUCAGUUUAGUGUUAGAAUAAUAAUUACACAAAACCGACGGGUGGGGGGGGGGGGGGGGGGG